AUGGAAGAAACUCCGUUGAUCGAUUUCAGGUCAUCUCGUGAUCACCAAAAGGAACUGGAAUUAUCAUCGACUUCGACAGAAUCUUAUUCGAAAUGGUCAUCAGCUGUGGAAGAAGGUAUCACCUUAGCCUGGGACAAUCUCUCUGUAUAUACAAAGACAAGCAGAUACCAAAAGCGUAUAAUCAACGGAGUGAGUGGAGCGGUAAAGGCGGGUAGUUUGGUGGCGAUAAUGGGCUCAAGUGGCGCCGGUAAGAGUACUUUAAUGUCGGCUUUAGCUCAUCAUACAAUGGGUGAUACCUUCGUCGAAGGAACCAUCCUGAUAAACGGCAGACCAAUCGGUGACUACAUGAAAUUCCUCAGCGGAUUUAUGCACCAAGAGGACAUAUUCGUGCCCUAUCUAACAGUCAGGGAACACAUGACUAUAAUGGCGAAUUUGAAGCUCGAUAGGAGGAUAUCCUCCAACGAAAAGCAGCGAUUAAUCAACGACAUCUUGAGCCAAUUGGGCUUGCUGAAUUCCAUCGAUACCCGAAUAGGAGGCGGAGAUAUCGAAAAAUCCCUAUCAGGCGGCGAGAAAAAACGACUGGCCUUCGCUACAGAGUUGCUGACAGACCCCCAGGUCCUCUUCUGCGACGAACCCACCACCGGCCUCGAUUCCUACUCGGCCAGAAAACUGGUAGGCAUGAUGAGCGAAAUGGCCACCGCCCGAAAAACCAUCCUCUGCACCAUUCACCAGCCUUCAUCGGACGUCUUCUCCAUGUUCAACCAGCUGAUACUCAUCGCCGACGGCCGGACGGCCUUCGUGGGCCCCACUUACGCCGCCUUGGAGUUCUUCGAACAAUUGGGCUACUUGUGCCCGAGUUCCUACAGCCCGGCGGAUUUCUACAUAAAGACUUUGUCGAUGAUGCCGGGUUGUGAGGAGGAUGGAGGUCGCACUGCGAAGAGGAUUUGCGAUCAGUUUGUGGUCAGCGACUACGCCAAAGAGGUGGAGAUUGUAGUGAGAUACGAGAUCCACCUCAAUAGAAAUCUAAUCGAAAACAAGUUUGAAAUACGAAAGGAUUUUCGAGCUGUGGUGUGGCCUGUGAGAGUAUUCUGGUUAACGCGUCGAUGGUUUUUGGAAUUAAUUAGGAAUCCUUCGUUGGAAUCCACUAAACUAUUCCAACGACUCUUCAUAGGGCUGAUAGUGGGUUUCUGUUAUUUCGGAACCGACGGCCUCACCCAAAAAGGCAUUCAGUCCGUCGAAGGGAUCAUUUUCAUGUUCGUUACUGAGAACACUUUCAAUCCCAUGUACAACGUAUUGGCUCAUUUUCCUAGUUAUUUGCCGCUGUUCUUGAGAGAGUACAAAUCCGGAUUGUAUCAUCCGUUCACUUAUUACAUUUCCAGAAUACUAUCUUUGAUUCCAUCUUUCCUACUGGAACCCAUCAUAUUCGUCGUUUCGGCUUAUUGGUUAUCCGGUUUACGCUCUGCCGCUUCCACUUUUACAGCCACUCUGCUCGUCGUGAUAUUGACUAUGAACGUUUCCUCGGCUUGCGGUAUUAUGUUUUCCAAUGCCUUCGAUUCGGUACCCGCGGCUUUGGCUUAUUUGGUACCCUUCGAUUAUGUCCAUAUGAUUACUGCCGGUGUUUUCAUUCGAUUAAGUACUCUUCCGAAUGUUAUAGCUUGGGUAAAGUACCUAUCCUGGUUGAUGUAUUCCACUGAAGCUUUGAAUAUAUUGCAAUGGAAGGGCAUCGUGAAUAUCGGUUGCGAAAAUCAACCUGAAGGUGUACCGUGCAUCCAGAACGGCACGCAAAUCCUGGAAAUGUACUCAUUUUCCGAAGAGAACCUAUGGAAAGACGUCUCCGGCAUGUUGAUAUUACUAAUUUCUUUCUACGCAUUGGGUUAUUUCUUUUUAUGGAGAAAAAUAAGACGUUAUUAA